AUGACUCUGAGCUCAGAGAUGUCGGAUGCCUCCAUCCUUUCGGAAGAGACCGACAUAGACGUGGUGGGAGAAGGGGAGGAUGGGGACGGCCGGACGCGCUCCUACGUGGACGAGGAGGCGCAGAUGCACGACGGCAUCCUCCUGGACGGCUCUCCUCCUCCGUGCCUGGACAGCUCCACCUCCCCCAGGGAUGCCUACAAGCCGGCGGGCAAGAACACCCUGGUGAAGCCCCCUUACUCCUACAUCGCCUUGAUCACCAUGGCCAUCCUGCAGAGCCCCAAGAAGAGGCUCACCCUCAGCGAGAUCUGCGACUUCAUCAGCAACCGCUUCCCGUACUACCGGGAGAAGUUCCCGGCCUGGCAGAACUCCAUCAGGCACAACUUAUCCCUCAACGACUGCUUCGUGAAGAUCCCGAGGGAGCCCGGGAACCCCGGGAAGGGCAACUACUGGACCCUGGACCCGGAGUCGGCCGACAUGUUCGACAACGGGAGCUUCCUGCGGCGGAGGAAGCGCUUCAAGCGGCAGCAGGCGCAGGACCUGCUGCGGGAGCACAACGCGUUCAUCCCGGCUGCGGCGUACGGGUACGGACCGUACGGCUGCGGAGGAUACGGCAUCCAGCUCCAGUCCUACCACACACACUCUGCGCUUUUUGCGUUUCAGCAGCAGCAGCAACAGCAGCAGCAGCAGCAGCACUCCAGACAUUCGCAUUCCCACUCGGGGACCGUUAUCCCCGCGCCCUCCCUCAUGCCCACCACCACGGACCUAGCCAGGAGCAGGUUUUACCCGCAGCUCGGCUCCGGCCUGGGCUCCGCCAGCGCGCACGCUGCGUCCCCGGUGCAGAAGUCCAGCUCCCCGGUGCAGCGGUCUCCCUUCUCCAUAGAGAGCAUCAUAGGCGGCUCGCUGAGCCCGUCCAGGACUUCCCCGGCCCUCGUCCCGGUCCUGCCCUCCUCUCUGGGGCCUGCAGCCGGGGGCCAGCCGCACACCGUCCACCCGGGAGCUGUUUUACACCCGGGUGAAAACUUUGCGAGCAGAGUGGCCAGCGGCACGAGCGGCUGCUAA